AUGAACGGAUUCGCACGCAUGAGGAGCGGCGCUUCGCGGGCCACCCCGCUGUGCAGCUUCUCCGGGGCGCGUAGUGCCGCAUCGUGCUCGCAGCGACUUCGCUUCGGUAGCAGCGCCUCCCAGUCGUCUCCAUUCACUUCCUCCUCCAAAGCCUCCGGCCGCCCCGGCCGAACGGGUGCCGCCCCUGGCACCUCGACCCCCGCCUUCGAGAUGCCCCACAUCAACGGUGCGAGUAGAAGAAACUCAUCUGCCGUCAGCCGCUACCUCAACGCCACAAAUCCCCGGACGGUGAUGCCGUUGGCUGCGGCCACGGUGCGACUGUCUGGCCUUCUUGACCUCCUCGGCGAGAGCAGCGGCGAAGACGACGAUGGGUGUUGA